GAGCUUUCAAACGGGUCGAGUCUCUACCACCAGCUUCAGCUUCAAACAUCAACGGUUUAACGGUAAAUAGUAAAGCACCGCCCAACCCAAUCCACGCAAAAUUUAGCAACCGAAUUACCAAAAGCCUAAAACCAAUCUCAGAUCCACCCCUUUUGCCAAAUUUCUGAGACAUUGCUCGGAUUGGAGCUCCCAGCUAUGGCGUCGGAAACUGAUUGUCUUCUUCGACACGCUUCGUCCUCCGCAGUAGAGGACGUGGCACAAGAUAUGGACGCGAAGCCCUUACUCUCUAGGUUUUUGAGCUAUCCUAUUGCCAAUACCAAUACGAAUCCCCAGAGGCGUCGCAGGCUCUCUACGCAGCUCGCCUCCGCGCCUCGGCCUCUUCGGCAACAGUCUUUUGGCCGCGACAUCGGCCAUGCUGCCAAAGAGACCUACUUGAUCACUAGCCUCAGCUUCACGCUCCUUCAAUACCUCGGGGUAGGUUACCGGUGGAUGACAAGAUUACUUGCUCUUGGAUGUUACGCCAUGUUACUUAUGCCCGGGUUUCUUCAAGUUGCAUUGUGUUAUUUCUUUUCAAGCCAGGUCCGGCGUAGUAUUGUGUAUGGAGAUCAACCAAGAAAUAGGUUGGAUCUCUAUUUACCUGCAAAUAGCGAUGGAAAAAAGCCAGUAGUGGUAUUUGUAACUGGUGGAGCCUGGAUUAUUGGGUAUAAAGCGUGGGGAUCUCUUUUAGGUCUGCAGUUGGCUGAAAGAGACAUCAUAGUGGCAUGCGUUGAUUACAGAAAUUUUCCCCAGGGUACCAUCAGUGAUAUGGUGAAAGAUGCUUCUGAGGGUAUCUCAUAUAUCUGCAACAAUAUAGCAGAUUAUGGAGGUGACCCUAACAGAAUCUAUCUAAUGGGACAAUCUGCUGGUGCACAUAUUUCUUCCUGUGCUCUUUUGGAGCAAGCAAUCAAAGAAUCUAAGAAAGAAGAGAGCAUUUCUUGGAGCGUCUCCCAGAUAAAGGCUUAUUUUGGUUUAUCUGGCGGGUAUAAUUUGAUUAAUUUAGUUGAUCAUUUCGACAAUCGUGGACUAUAUCGUUCCAUUUUUUUAAGCAUUAUGGAAGGGGAAGAAUCCUUGCAUCAAUUUUCUCCUGAACUUAAAGUAAAGGACCCAAGCAAUAGGAAUGCUGUUUCUCUCUUGCCUCCUAUUACUCUUUUCCAUGGAACUGCAGAUUAUUCGAUACCAUCAGAUGCCAGUAAAAUUUUUGUAGACGCGCUUCAAAAGGCAGGCGCUCAAGCCGAGUUAAUACUAUACGGUGGAAAGACUCAUACAGAUUUGUUUCUUCAAGAUCCUCUAAGAGGUGGUAAAGAUGAAUUGUUUGACCUACUAGUUGCUGUGAUACAUGCUGGUGAUAAAGAAGCUCUUGAGAAAGAUGCCAUGGCACCCCCAAGAAAACGCCUGGUUCCAGAGAUCUUGUUGAAGUUGGCACGCAACAUCAGUCCCUUCUAGGUCGCACUCUGGUCAUUAUUUAUCAUAAAAGCCCAUGAAAAGUGGUUGAUUCAACCAGCUCGCGGAGAUCUAAAUUGUUCGAAAGAGAUUAUGAGAUAUUCAAUUUGAUGAGGUUGCUGCAUCGUAAUCCCAGAGUUGAAUAUUGCAGUUGAAGAUCAAUAGCCUCAGAUUUGUCCAGAGACCCCUUGUAAUCCAAUUACUUUAGAUGAUUGGAAGAAUUUGCUUUUGUUGUCCAUGAAUGUAGUCUUAAUUCUUAAACGCCUUCAAAUAUUAAAUAUUUUAUUAUAGUCAAAGUUUGAUUUA